AUGGCCUCUGGAGCAGGCCGACCGCUGCUGGACUACGAUCAGGGCAGUAUCGCGACGACGUGGACGGUCUCGUUCGGCCAGAUCGAGGCCAAGGACGGCCCCGCCGCCAGCCUGCUACGCCUCUGGGCCUUUCUCGACAACAAGCACCUGUGGCACGGGCUCUUGACAGUGGCAGGCCGGGAUGGCUCUGGCAAGCGCAACGAAGUCCGCUUCCUCGAGGCCGUCGGACUCCUCCUGCGCUACUCCAUGAUCGAGGCGAAUGAGGACGUCGGAGCUGGCUACUCAAUGCAUCCGGUGGUGCACAGGUGGGCGUCGCAUCUGGACGAGGGCAGCCGCAAGGCAGACUAUGCACGGCUGGCCCUCACAGUGGUCGGCUUGUCGGUACCCAUGUCGACGGAGAGAGACUAUUGGGUGUUGCAGCAGCAGCUUUUGCCGCAUGGGCAGCGUUGCGCCGAAUGGGUGCAGAGUGAUGGGACUAAUAGCUUAGGGUUAGCCGACGAAGACCAACUUGAGGCACUUCACAACCUGGGACUUCUCUACGCGGACCAAGGCAGGCGGGCCGAGGCCGAGGCGAUGUAUCAGCGAGCGCUGGCCGGCAAAGAGAAGGCCGUUGGAGCCGACCAUCCCAAGACGCGACUGGUUUUGCGUAACUUAAAAUUACUGCAGGAAUCAAUAGGUGAGACGACGCAUUCUGCUUUGGGCCCAGUAGCUGACUUGAUUACCAGAGGGUCUCGAGGGAGGGAGGCUCUGGAAGAGGGCUAA